AUGGCAUCGUUUGGCACUCAACGCAGCCAUCAGUCCAUGAUGAGUCCAAACGAGUCCAGUGUUGUAUGGAUUGAGCGCAUCAUAAGCAUUUUGUCUGAGAAUAAGCUGAAGCCGUGGUUCGACGUCGGGAUCAAAGCUGAAUACCAGCGCCGAUACGGACAGCCAUUGCCCGACGACUGGAUCCGAGUGCUCGAAGAGUGCGGACGGGAUGUCAUUGAAGUCAAUGUUCAAAACUACUCAAAUGUCUCGAAGACAUUCAUCGCACUGCCCAUCAAAUCUGUCCGAAAGUCUACCGGCGCUUCGACUCCCAGUGCGCCGACAGCCGCCGCCAAACCAAUGGACACCUCAUCGCCACCACCGGUGCCGACAGCGCCGGUCACUCCGCCAAAAGUCCAACAGAUUGUGCCAAAAGCUAUGCCAUCGGACGCACCGACCGUUGCCAUACCGGCGCCAAAGACACCGACCAAUGGCUCCACAAAUGGCGGACCGAAGGGUCGGGUGAUAGACGCGGCCGGGGAUGAGAGGGCUGUCGAUGCGUUCGCCGGCAAUGACAACGUGUUGGCCGGGAGUCGACCCAUACCGGCGCCAGUGUUGCCGUCAGUGAACCCGACGCCCACUCGCAAUGAGGACUUUUACGAUGUGGUGGUCCUACUGGUGGCUACUCCUAAGAACUUCAUAGUCGUUCCCUUCGACAACGUGUCCAUCGGAUCCGCUUUCGCUGAACUCAAGCAACGGAUGCAUGACUUCUACGAAAGAGACGACAAUAGGAUUGACUUGACAGCAGAUGUGGUCUCUGAGGGCCUGUAUGUCGCGGGAAAAGCACGUGAGUGUUGGUAUCGGAUGGAAGUGAAGAAUGUCAUCAGUCGUGAGCCCUUCCAAGUCGUCACAUAUCUGUGUGAUUACGGCGAACACCUGACCCUCGAUGUCAAAGACAUUCAACCGCUUUAUAAUACGUUUCGCGAUCUCCCGGCGCAAGCGAUCAGAGCCUCACUCGCGGGUGUCGAGCCGUUGGGCGCCGACUGGGAUGUCAUGACUUCGGUUGAGUUUCGAAAACUGGUUGAAAGUCGUCCUUUCGUUGCGACAGUUUAUGCCAUUAAUUCAGUCGACGAGCAGCCGGUGCUCUCACUCUCGUUGUGCGACACGAGUGGCGCCGAAGACGUCUACAUAUCCGCUGAGCUCGUGAAGAAGGGUUUGGCCAAAGCUGUGGUCAGUGUUUAGCGACCGGUGACUGACAAACAGAUCCCAAAAGUUUUGCAAUAUUUAAGUGUUUUGUCCGA